CACGGGUACGAUCCUUCGCGCGGCUCAAGCCGCGGUAACGCGCGGUAGAGUGGCCGCGAGAGCGGCGGGUGGACGGAUACGCUCCCGCGAAGCGCGACGGCGGUGUGCUCUUGCUUGGCGCGGGAUAAAGACAGAGAUAGGUAGGGUGAGAGGCGAUCGAUUUUCGCCUGGAGGCGGCGGAUUCCUUUCGUGGCGAUCGACCGAGGGGACGCACCGCUAGAUAUCCUGAAAGCAUGUAGGUAUCCUCGAGAGGAACGGGACGGUGAAACGACAAUCGGUACUCUUCGGUACUCUCGCCCGGAUCGUACGUGUGCGCGCGCGCGUGCUCGACCGUAUGCUCGUGGCGUGUCGCGGCGGUCAUCGAUUUUCCGGCGAUCGUGCGCGCCCGGUAGGAAUCGCGUGCCAGUGAACGAGAGGAUGAAGAGGAGCGUCCCCGCGGUCUAGAGGGACGCGCGAGGAAGCCACGACGACCAGGGAUCGGGCGACGACGGGGACAAGAAGGAGCACGAGUGAGCGAGGGAGGAAGAGAGGGAGAAACGGAGCUGCCGACGUCGCGCGUCCAAUAUGGCUACCACCGGCAGCAACGCGGCGGCGAACGCCGGCAACGAGACGAACGGCAACAGCAACGUGCCGCAGUGGAAGCGCGAUCUGAUACAACGUCGUCGUCAGCAGAGCAAGGUCCUCGCGAACAACGGCGCGAGCGUAAAGUUACGUAGCGCGGUGAUCGGCGCGUCGUCGGCGUGCGCGACCGCAGCGGACGGCCUCGCCGAGCAGAACGCCGGGGCGGCCCAGGAGCAUCGCGCGGUAACCGGCGCGCUUCGCGCGGCACGCUCGACGACAGCGACCAGCAGCGAGGACACCGUCGCGGUCCUCGGUGUCGGUGGUGGAAGCGCGUCGCUGCCCUCCUGCCCCCCGUCGCACCCCGCGAGAAGGCCGCCGACCAGUGGCGCCACCAGCGUCGGGGCAGUCGCGACAGCCGCCGACUUCGCGCCGUCAGUCGCGCACAACAUGCGUCUCGAGGCGGACGCGACGCUCUGCAUGGACGCGGAGGAUGUGAACGGCGCGCCGGCCAAGUUCGCGGACACAUCGGAGCGGAAAUCGUCGGACUGCGUGGCUGGUGACGAGAGCGAGGACGCGGCGCCGAGGAUGGACGGCAAGUCGGCGAGAUCGGUCGCGAGGAUGAGCGAUGGCGACGACGGCGCACCGCCACAGCACAACGAAGUUCGCGCCAUCGGAACCGCGCGCGGGAAGGACGCCAGCGUCCCGUUCGGCGCGGCUAAUCCGCUCAGGAUGCUGAGGGAAUCGCGCGCGGUACCAGCGAGCCGCGCGUCCAGCGACGACGCUACCGAGAGCGACAGUUCCGAGGAGCUGCAGUACGGACCGGGGAUCGUGAAUAGACUCAAGAGCAAGUACCUUAACCUCACUCGGCGCGAGACGAGCAAGUGCCGCACGUCGGUGCAACGGUUCCGGCGCGCGGCCAGCCUCGAGGAUCUGCUGGAUCGCGACGACGACGAGGCAUCCGCUCACGAGAGAACCACCGCUAGCAGGAAGUAUACGAAACGAAGCGGCGACUCCACGAGCAGCGGGAGCGGCGGCGUCGUCGGCACGAAGACCGAUAGGUACCGGAACGUUUGCCGGGGUAACGACUCGAUGAAGCGGGCGCGCAGCGUCGAGACUUUGAUGAGGUACAACAGCGCGACGGCGGACGAGACGCGCCAGGCGCCGCUCGCGCGGCCGACGACGAACGGCGUACGCCAAGAGCCGGUCAACGAUCACAUCAUCCUCGUGGAUCGCACGUCUAUAAAGAUCGAGAGCCGUCUCGGUGAACUCGAGCGACCCAAACCAGUGAAUAAACCGAAGCGGAUCAAGCCGGUGCUGGCGGAGACGGAGCGGCCGCCGCCGGAUCUAGUCAAGACCACGAUGAGGAUCUUCGAGGUCUCCGCGAAGAAGCUGAAGCCUAAGGGCGAGGUCGCCGCGAAGGUUGCCACUUUCAAGACCAUCAAUGACACGUUCAAGGCGCAAAAUCAGAAGAAGCUGAUGAUGUCGAAGCCGCCGGUGCAACCGAAGCCCUUCAUCAACGGUGGGGCUCGUCCCGGGAUCCCCGGAUCCCCCAAGAAGAUCGUCCUGCCGCACAAACCGACGGCGGAGCUGAUCGAGACGCAGGAUGGCAAGCAGGAGUAUCACAUGGACGGCGUGAUCACGGAUUCGAUCGUGCAAUCGGUUUCGUCGGUGGUCAGCAAGUUCCAGCAGAUCGAGAAAUCGCAUUCGCCAUCGCCGUCACCGGAACCUACGUGUUACAAGCUGAAAUUCUCGCCAGCGAACAGCCCGGAACCGCCGGCACAGAUUGCCAAACCGGCAAAAUCUUCGCACCUGGAAAUCGCCGUCAAAUCGCCACCAAUCACGCCGGUGGUAUCGCCGAGAGUUUCGUCGCCCAGGCUGCAGAGUCCGCCGUCGCCAUUAAAGGGUACGCAAAGUCCCUCUUCGCCCGUCAAAGAUUCGACCCGUAUUCAGAUCCCGAGUCCGCUUCACAAACCACCGCUACCUAGCCCGGUUCGAGAAUCCUCAAAGGCGGAAUCGGAUUCCACGAAAACUCUUCGUUCUCAGACUGAAAAGGAGCUUCCGAAAACGAAAAUCGAACGUUCUCGAGAAACGCGGUUGCCAGAGCCGUCCACCAACGCAGAACGGAAAGAAGAAGCGAAGCCGAGUCGCGUUGCACCCGGCGAUGACGAGGACAAAGAAGUCGACAAGGAAGUCGUGGAUGGGCCAAGGAGUAUCUCUAAAAUGGCCUUGGACAACAUCGGCAGAGCCGGUACAACGAUGCAGUUCAAUUUUGGUGACGAACCAACGCGCGAGAAGAGUUACUUGCCGGGCAUGAAGCAAAAUGGCCAGAAGUCAGCGGACGAGCGUGCGCCAGAGACGGACGAUCGCUGCACAAAGACGGAACUCGGUGGCAAAACGAGCUUGUCAGGUGUAGCAAACGACGUGACAUCCUCUGAGACGACAUCCAGAUCGCAAGAAAGGCUUGAACCCGAGAGCGAGGAAAGGCUCGAUGAUAGCAGGGAAGACCCCGAGGAGAAGCAAAUCGUGUUUGAGAGCAAACCGAUCGGGGCAAUCUGCAGUUUGGGUUUGAUUAAGCCCGUGCCUACCAUCACGACCGCGACGACAACAACAUCGUAUUCACAGAGCAACAACGAGGCGAAAACGAACAAGUGUCAACAGAAAAGCGAGUUCUCGCCGCCGCAGAAGCAGAUCGGCAUCAUACGGCCGCUCGUCUCGACGAAGGCGCAGCAUCCGCAACAGAAUUUGAGCAACCGCGAGCUUGAGAAGAACCUGAUCAAUCGGGUGAAGAGUAUCGAACAGCCGACUAAGGUAGUGGUGAGCUUGAAGAGCGCCGACGAGAUACAGCCAACGAAGAAGACGAGUGCGAGUGGCGGUGGCGGUGGCGGUGGCGGCGGUGGUGGUCUCUGGGACACGAAACCAUGGAAUCAGCAGAACAACACGAUGGUAUUCAACUUCAGUAACAGAAAAGACGUGCCGGAUUACAUAGAGAACGACGGUCUCAUCAUCAGGAGAAAGCGCGAGAAGCCUAAGGUUGGCGACAGUGGCAUUAUAGUGCUCGAUGCGACAUUGGAUGCGUCAACGACCGACGAUGCCGAGUGGGAAAUCUCCGGAGGUCCGCCGUCACCCUGCGAUGUGUCGUUUCUCAACGAUAAUGUCCUCAUCAACGGACGCAGCAACCUCUCGAGGACGCCACGAAAUCACAAGCAUCGGAUACAGUUUGACGACACCGCAACACGUACCUUCGAGUAUCCCAGCGAAGCAUCGAUCCUCGAAAGCGAGGCCAGCAGCGUGGACGGCGAGACUUCCAGUUCCGUUGAGCAACAGUCUACGCCGAGUAACAACAAAACCUCCUCGACAACCGGCUCGACGACGAGUAUGCCGUCUCUUCUCGGUGGCGGUGGUUUAGCCAGCUAUACACCCAGCAAAGUGGAUCUAACGUCGGAAGGCUUCGAACUGGGCAUUACCAGAGCGGUACCGAUGGUAGUCUCGACUUCGACGGCAUCAAUCGAGCAAACUGAAAAUUCGAGCGAGGUGGAAUAUCUGAGACCGGCUCAAGACGCGGGCGCAUGGGGCUCGGAGACAACUGGCGAUCUUCUUUACUGAGAGAAUAGAAAGAAAAACGCAGAGCAAAGCUCUAUCAGGUCGUCUUUCCGCAGCAAUAGAACGAAAAGAUCGAAAACGAAGCUUGCAAGGCUAAAAUAAGAAGUAUUUUUUUCUACCAACAACAAAAUAGUGAGGAAACUACAAACACGCAGAAAUCAAUAUUAUAUCGACGAUUAAUAAAAGAAUUUAUAACGAAUGCUCAGAACCGCAUAAGGCAAAUUUUUCAUACGGAUGGCAAGUCAGACGACACGUUCGUGAUCGGACGAUACGUUGGACCACAGAUGACUCGUUGUCAAUUUUCACACGUUUGUAAUUAAAUCAAAGGGAUUUUUUUUUAAUUAUGGAAAUCAAAUUGUGCGGUCUCCGUUCAUGAACGCGUCGACUAUUAAAAGUGAAGUUUAUUUAGAUGCUUAAGUAAGAAUACUAACAAUAUCAUUCCAAAUGUAUGCAUUUAUUUUGUACCGUUACGAUAUAUCGAACGAGCGGACUUUCCUAGACAAAGAAUUGCUGAAACUGCCAAGAUAAGUUAGUGCUGCUCUUUUUGUAACGGCACUCGAAAAGAAGAGCUCAAUGACUGAUAUUUUGUUGCGUAGACAGAAAAGAAGCACACGGAAAGCAUAUCACCUUUCUGGCAUACUUUAUAAGAUAGAAGAUAAAAAGAGAAGUCGCGACGAGGGAAUUGAGAGUUUUGUAGAAACUUUUUGAGAUUACUUUAAUACUAAGCUAUGAACGUUCAUGCUGCCAGUAAACGGCCAGAAUUUUGUGCGAGUUUUUGUUUUGUUUUAUAGAAAAAGCAGCAAACGAUUGAAUGAGAUUCAAUUGGAAGAGGAGAAACGAAGUUCGAGAGAAACAGUUCGAGAGUUUAGAUUCGUAAACGUUUUUGCCAAAGUAGAACGUAAGUCUACUUAGUAUAUUUAAUAAUGUAUAUGUACAAUAAGUAUUAUUGCAGUUCAGCGAACCUGUAUGAAUUGUAAAUUUCAAAACAUCAUCAUUUGUACCGAAUGUGUGGCAAAUCAUACCAUAAGUAUGCCUUGCGAAUUGAGCCAUUGCAGCGCACGCAUUUUUUCGUAUUAAGCUUACAGUUAUUCUCUUCCAGGCAUAUAACACAUAAAACUACUAGUUUUUCAGUGUAAGAGAACGCAUUUAACGAAAAAAAUUGCGAUUUCGUUAAUGUUAAUUGUUAAUUUAUAAGUGAAUUGAAUUUUGUACAUACUAAAUUAUUGGUGGAUCUUAGAGAGCCAUUCGAGUCGCGAAAAAGUUCGAGGAAAGAGAAAUUACGUUUGCUUCGAGACUUUCUUAUAUCACUUUUGUUCUUUUUUUUGUGUUAAAAUUUUCUAUUGUCUAUGUAGCGUCUCUCAGAUGCGUUAUCACAGUUAUUCAAAAACAUUGUUUUGAAUCGUGUAGGUGUAGGUAUUUAAUAAUGUAUGAUUGUAGCGAUAUUGUAGUUAUUAUGAUUGCAAUUUUAUCACUUGGACACAGUGGACUGAUUCAAGCGAGAAAGAGCGAUAACAAAAUAAUUUAUUAUGAUAUGGUGCGUUUAAGAAUAAACUGUUUUGUUGUAUUUCGUUAUUAUUAAAAUUUCAGUCGUACGCUUCGAUGCCGUACCAGUUCACGCACCGAAAUUUUGUGAUGUGCCGCAUUGUUUAAACGAUUUGUUUUCUUGUGUCGCAGCGUUCGUGUCUUACAUUGUGAUAUUUUCGUUACAAUAUAAUUCUUAAUUUUUUCCGUCAGACGUAGCGGUAUGCAAAUCAUUAUUGCUACUCGUAUUCCGUCGCUACAAUACCACAAACAUUGCAAGAAGUAAGUGAGAUUAUCUUCACGCGACAUUCCAAAUUAAAAAUGUCUACGUAUAAGUAUUUUUCUUUUUUGUUGGAAUCAUCGCUUAUUAUGGAUUCGCGUAAUUAUUAAUUAACAAUAUGUAAUUCUCUCUUGCUCCAAUAUAGGAGAGCUAUGUAUAACAGUUUUGUAAAUUAUCGUUGUACAGUAUCAUGAAUUACCAUUCGAGUAUAAACAAUAAUAAGUGGGAACGAUUGUGAGGUGAUCAUUAAUAACUGAAGAAAAGCUUGGAUCUAUAUUACUACCGUCUUUUGAAUAUACCUACCAUGUAAGAGUAUCGUGUGAUGUAUUGUCUGUGUGUUACGAAGUAUCGAAGUAAUAAAAGAGACAAUUACUCCU